AUGACAGUCAGAUUUGAUUGUAUGAUUCUUUCUUUUUGGCUGCAUCUUUUUUUUUUUGGAGUCGUGUAAACUUUUGAAGAGGAGAAUCAACCACAAACAAAAAUCAUAAACAAAAUAAAUAAAUAAACAAACAGCAAUUGAAGAAGAAGAACAGUAACAACUACUACUUCAUAUUCAAUUGGUAGAAGAAGAAGUGAAGGUAGAGACUGGUUGGCACUACUAAGAGAUGGCUCUGCAAUAUAAUACAUUGUCGAAUUGUAUAAGUUCGCUACGUGAAUCAGUACAACUAUUGGAUGAUUCCUAUAAAUUAUUAUAUGAUAGUACGAAAGAUGUGGUUCGUAUAAAGAAGGUAUUACAAACAAAGAGAGUGUUUGGUCUUAUUCCAGAAUCAGAUUUAAAUAGUGCAAAGACCAAUUUCAAAGUUCAAGUUGAACCUCAAGUUAAUCAAUUAUUAACUACUAUAGAUAAAGAAUUAAUCAAAUUAAAUAAAAAGAAGAUCAAUUUACAGAAUAAAUUUGAUUUACAAGCAGUACGAUUGAGUGGAUCAUCAGCAGCUGCUACAGCAGCUACUUCAGGUACAAACUUAUCCUUGAAUAAGAUUGGUAAAAUAGAUUCAUCAAAGUUGAAUCGAUUGAAAUUCUUAAGAAAUAAAAAGGAAAGAUUAAAGUAUAGUUUAUCAAGGUUAAACUUACAAGAUAAAAAGUCGAGAUUAAGCAUGACUCCUUUAAAACAUCCUGAUAAUGUAUAAUAAGACGUGUGAAAACAUCCAUCCAUAGGUUAGGUUAUUGAUGGUGCUGUUGUUGUUGUUGUUGUUUUGUAUAUUAGAACCUAUUGUUUAUUUCUUUCAACUUAUGUAUUAAUUUCCCAAUAUUAUGAUUCCCAUUUAGACUUGAAUCAAAGUCUAACCCCAUAACAUUGUCAAACGACUAUCCUGUAAUAAUCUAACCUAGAUAACAUCAAUAUUUAA